GCAACUAAAAUAUGGUGAAAAUUCAGACGUCCGUGAAACAAAUGUAAUAAAAUAUGAACGAGAUAGAGAAAGCAAGCAAGAAAGAAAAAUCUACAAUCUAAUAGUUCGCCUUAUCUCUUGCCUUUAUUAGUUUUCAAAUAUUUCUUUUUCUUUCAAAAAAAUUUUUAAAAAAAAGUCUUUUCAACCACUCAAGACGCGCAGCCGUUGCCGGUUCCGGCUAGGUUACAUCUUCUUCGCCAGUCCCCACAAACAAAUUUUUACUAGCUUUUGUCAUCUGGGUUUGUUGAUAAAUGGAGGAUUAUAAUCAGCUAAACGAGAACUCAACUUCAAGAGGAAACUUCCUGUAUACUUCUCAAGUUGUUGGACCCAAUUCUUCAGCUUAUGGUCGAGCAAACAGUGGUUCUAGCGAGAGUAAUCAACAGACCCAGAUGCCUAUUAGCAGCAGCUUUCAUCUUCAAUCAGGUAAUUGUUUUCAGUCUGAAGGACCCCCGAUCGUCAAAAGUGAAGCUAGCACUUCACAACUUGGUCCAAAAUUUCACUACCCUCUUAUGAGAGGCCAUCAAUCACAAGAAGGAAGUGAGAGCUCCAAUGAAGCUGAAGCUAUUAAAGCCAAAAUUAUAGCCCAUCCUCAGUAUUCCAACCUUUUGGAAGCUUACAUGGAUUGCCAAAAGGUCGGAGCUCCGCCUGAAGUGGUGGCUCGACUAUCAGCUGCAAGACAGGAGUUCGAGUCAAAGCAGCGAUCAUCAUCAGCUUCUCCAGAAAUUUCCAAAGACCCGGAACUCGAUCAGUUUAUGGAAGCUUAUUAUGACAUGCUGGUGAAAUAUCGGGAAGAGUUAACUAGGCCAAUACAAGAAGCCAUGGAUUUCAUCCGGAGAAUCGAAAGUCAGCUUAAUGUGCUCAGCAAUGGCUCGGUGCGGAUCUUCAACGCGGAUGAGAAGUAUGAGGCUGCUGGUUCGUCUGAGGAUGAUCAAGACAAUAGCGGGGGUGAAACAGAACUUCCUGAAAUUGAUCCGCGUGCUGAAGACCGAGAGCUGAAGAGCCACUUACUAAGGAAGUAUAGUGGUUAUUUGAGCAGCCUCAAGCAAGAGCUGUCCAAGAAAAAGAAGAAAGGGAAACUACCCAAAGAAGCCCGGCAGAAGUUACUGAGCUGGUGGGAGUUACACUAUAAAUGGCCUUAUCCUUCGGAAACAGAGAAGGUGGCAUUGGCUGAAUCAACUGGUUUGGACCAAAAGCAGAUAAACAACUGGUUCAUAAAUCAAAGAAAGCGUCACUGGAAACCUUCUGAAGAUAUGCAGUUCAUGGUUAUGGAUGGGCUCCAUCCACAUAAUGCUGCUGCUCUCUAUAUGGACGGCCACUACAUGGGUGAUGGUCCCUACCGUUUAGGACCAUAAAAUAUUUGUGAGUUAGAUACAACUCCUUUUGCUUCUACAUGCAUGAUAGCUGUGCUAUAUAUAUAUAUAUAUAGUUUCAUUCUACUUGUAUUGUAUUUUAAUUGCGAGUUAGGUAAUUUCCUGAAACACAAUAUGAUAUUUUUUAUUCCACAAAUUCCAUCACUAUGAUUUGCUGUAGCUGGUCUGUAUUUGGGAUGUUUUCUUUUUCUUUCGUAGAAGUUCAGAAGUCGUGUGUUAUCACUUAGCUGUGUCUAUAAAGCGUGUAAGAAGAUAGGUUUGAACAGCUGCUGCAACUAAGCUGUCAAGUGUAUAUAAUGAGAAAAGGUCUGUAAUGAGCCGCAGUGUCCAGUUUAUCUACUGGGUAUUGAUUUUCA